AUGCCUCCAUUAUCUCGCAAUCGUCAAUUUCCUCUCAAGUCGCCGGCCCCUCGUGGCAGGGGGACACCAGCCGGACAAGCGAGGAUCUCUCAACCACAACUUCCAUCACAGAUACAAUCAUUGUGGAAAUCUUGGGAUUCUGUCGCAAUAUACAUCACAAAUAUUCCAAAGGAGACCACGACAUUGAACAUAUGGCAAGCUUUUCAGAAGGAAGGCAACAUCUUCUCCAUCGACCUUUUCGAGGACUCUCACGGUAAGCGUGAGACAAAAGGGAAGCUACGCUUCAAGCCUCCACCUCAGACGGACUUUUGGAGAAAAGGAGAGUAUACCAUUCAACUAUCAAGUGGGCAAUCGUGUACUGUCACAAUCGGUCUUGAUUUCAAGCGUCCUGAUCUACGAAUUGCAAGUCCAGUCCGGCCUAAUGUCAAUUAUCCGGCUGAUUUGAAAAUUCCCAUUUCUUCUAUGGAAGUUGGCGUUUUGCUUGACGACAAAACUUUCCAACCCCGGCGCACAGUCGGCCAAGGGCCCAAGGAAAAUGCGUUUGUCGUGCUUGAUCUGAAAAGCCGAGCUCUUUAUAUCCGUUUUCAGCUGGCCGUCUCAUUCUCAUCGAAACCAACCGCGAAUCAACCCAGCGAACCAUACCAAGAAUAUCGUCUGAAAAUAGCCUUCGUCCAGUUGACUGAAAUCCAUCAGGCUGCUGAUCCUGCGUCUGGAGCAGUCACCCACUUUACUGUAUUGGACUCGCCUCCAGUCUACCAUCGACGCAUCACAAAUGUCGCCUCUACUUUCAUAGAUGACAACAAUUGGAGGGAAGCGGAUAGUUGGUAUCGGCAGACCUACAUUGUUCAUCGGCCUCUAGAUCUGGCCUCUCUUCCCAUUAGUUUGAGAAGGGGCAAUUCUUUGAUUGAUAUUGGACGCUGGAACGCCUUUCGUAUAACCUUUCCAAAGGAAUCCCAUCAGAAAGCCGACUUCACUUUGUUUCAGAAUAUCCUCACCGACUACAAUGUCAAAAUCAGCACUGCGGGGUCUUUCACUCGCUGGGAUGAGAGUAAAGAGCCAAUGCCGGAGGUUUGGACAUGGAUCGACGUCUCAGAGUCUCAGACACCCAACGAUUCACAGUCUUCUUUGGAGGAACUGAUCGAUCGGGAUUACAUCCACUUGCCUUUUCCUGUUCGAUAUCAACUCGAGGUUUGUCUGUCAAAUGGGUAUCUUUCCGAAUACUCCAUGACUCGCGAUUUUGUUCUCAAACUCUCAGAACUCGGGGAGAACCGAGCUAAAAAGCUUUUGGAGCAUGUGGCAUCAAAAGGCCAAGUAUACCGUGACCCAAUGAAGAUAUUCGAUCUCAAAUUCAUCAAGGGGGUGACUGAUUUGAAGAUACCUCCUUACUGCUGCCACAUGCGCUCCGCCAGAAUCACGCCUAGCACCAUCUACUACAACACUCCGACGGUGGACAUAUCGAAUCGCAUCAUAAGACACUAUAUGGAGUACGCCGAUCGCUUCCUCCGAGUUCGAUUCACGGAUGAAAAGCUUCUUGGUCGAAUCAAUUCAACUACUGACAACACCAUGGACGAAGUGUUUACCAGAAUCAAAAGGGCUUUAUCAAAUGGAAUUGUCAUUGGCAACAGACAUUACGAAUUCCUUGCGUUUGGAAACUCGCAGUUCCGGGAGCACGGAGCUUACUUUUUUGCGCCACUGCCUAAUAUCACAGCCGCCAACAUUCGCGCCUGGAUGGGCUACUUCAACAACAUUCGAAAUGUUGCUAAGCAUGCGGCGAGGCUGGGCCAAUGUUUUUCUACAACACGUGCCAUUUCUGGCUGCCGCGUGCAAAUCCGCCCAAUUGACGAUGUUGAACGCAAUAACUACAUAUUCUCGGACGGGGUUGGAAGGAUCUCUCGCUUUCUGGCUCAGAUGGCAAUGUCAGAACUCAAGAUCAAGACGUCAACGGGCGAGCCUCCAUCUGCUUUUCAGUUUCGUCUGGGAGGUUGUAAAGGAAUGCUUACCGUAUCUAAGGAAGCCCAAAAUAUCGAGGUACACAUCCGCAAAAGCCAGAACAAAUUCGAAGCUAUACACAAUAAACUUGAGAUUAUUCGGUGGAGUCAAUACUCCAUUGCGACUUUGAACAGACAAUUGAUCAUGGUACUAUCCUCACUUGGUAUACCAGAUCGCAUAUUCCAUGAUAAGCUGAAGACUAUGGUGCAAGGCUUGGAUGAAGCCUUGGAGAGUGACACACAUGCCGUUUAUUGGCUAAAGAAAUACGUGGACCCCAAUCAAAUGACGCUCAUAACCAGUCAGAUGGUUCUCGAUGGAUUCAGGCGAUCGAAAGAGCCGUUCAUGACCUCGAUUUUGACUUUGUGGAGAGCAUGGCAUCUCAAGUACCUUAAAGAGAAAGCCAAGAUUGCAAUUGAUAGUGGUGCUUCUUUGCUUGGAUGUAUGGAUGAAACUGGAAUUCUCAAGGGCUAUUUUGCCCACAAGACUCCAGGAGUCGAUGCCACUUUCGAAGAUCGGGUGGCAGCUUUGCCUGAGAUAUUCCUCCAAAUCUCACGUCCCGAGAAUGGCGGUAAAUCCGAGGUCGUCGAAGGCCUCUGCAUCCUGGCUCGCAACCCAUCCCUUCACCCGGGUGAUAUUCGAGUCGUGAAAGCCGUCAACAUCCCAGAGCUGAGUCAUCUCCAUGAUGUCGUUGUUCUUCCUCAGACUGGCGACCGGGAUGUCGCAAGCAUGUGCUCCGGGGGGGACCUGGAUGGUGACGACUAUCUUGUGAUUUGGGAUCAAGACUUGAUUCCCGAGGACUGGUUCUGCGCCCCUAUGAAAUAUGCGAGCAACAAAGCACAGUCUCUGGACAGUGAUGUGACAGUCGAUCAUAUCACAUCAUUUUUUGUUACUUACAUGAAGAAUGACUGUCUGCCAAAAAUUGCCCAUGCCCACCUUGCUUUAGCUGACCGACUCGAGGACGGCGUCAACGAGGAGAAAUGCAUUCGGCUUGCCCAGCUUCAUUCAGACGCAGUGGAUUAUAACAAAACAGGCAUCCCAGCCAUUAUGACACGCAACUUGGAACCUCGCUUGUGGCCUCACUUCAUGGAAAAGAAGCACAAACCAAAAGAUAAGAUUUACCACUCCAACAAAAUCCUUGGCCAGCUGUAUGACGCCAUUGAGCGGAUUGAUUUUGUACCCAGUCUAGGAAUGCCCUUUGAUGAGAGAAUUCUCAGCUGUCAAUUGGAUGUCAGCGACGACCUUUACGAGUUCGCUAGAGAACUUAAGAUCCAAUACGAUGGCGCCAUGCGGCGAAUCAUGGCACAGCAUGACAUCAAGACCGAGUUUGAGGUCUGGUCUACGUUUGUCCUCAGUCACGCCAACAUGAGCAAGGACUAUAAAUUCCAUGAGGAGAUUGGAGGGAUUUCGUCUUCACUUAACGAGAUGUUCAGAAAGCAAUGUUACGACAAGGUUGGCGGCCGGCAGUUUGAGAAAUUAGCACCCCUCGCUGUCGCAAUGUACCGUAUCACCAGCCAGGAGAUGAGCCUCGCGUUGCAAAGAUACCGAGAGGAGAACCCACAGGAUCCCAAUGAUGUUCUCAAUUCGGUGCCAAAGAUAAACCAACUGCCACUCAUCAGCUUUCCUUGGGUCUUGCCGCAUGUUCUGGGGAAAAUCGCAACAGGACUUUACGAGCUUCCAGCCGAGGCAGGCAAAAUCCAUAACGAUCCCUUUGGUCUGUUUGAGGAUGAUCAGGUCAUGAGUGCACCUUUGCGGACUCGUCCUAAGCAGGAGAAUGUCGAUGCCGAUAUCCAAUCCCUAGAGGAACUGCUCGACUUCGGCUUCUCCGAAGCGCCGCGGAAGUCAUCGUCAUCAUCGGUUCUGCCACCUGCUCACACCAACCCUAUCGACGAAGAAAUUAGUCUGUUGGAUCUGAAUAAUGACUCGAGAGAUACCAGAGGUGUUGAAAAUGAGGGGGCAAGAAAGGAGGAAGCAAAUAAGGGAGAAGAUAAGGAAGAAACAGAAAAAGAGAAAUCACUGGGCAUGGAAACACCAGAUGUGCCGAGCUCGGGAGUUCCAGAUGGCUGCAUCGAACUCGUGGAAGAGGAAGGCGAUCUUGAGCCCAGUGCGCUCGACAAGCUCAAUGAGAUACUCGGCAUCUGA